GACAAUUACCUUCCUUCAACCAACUCCUCUCUCUCUCUCUCUCUCUCUCUCUUCAAUUAUACAUACAUACAUACAUACUUCUAUAUACUUCUUUACUACUCAUUUCCCUGCUUUCCUUCUUCAAAUUCCCUUUCUGCAAUUUCUGCCGAAUAUUGAACCAAAUACAGCUAAGUUUUCCCAAGUGAUGGCGGAGGAUGAAGCCAAGAAGGUUGAGCCGGAGCCCUGUUCCGACCCUCCUGCGCCGGAGCCCGCCGAAGCUCCGAAAGACGUGUCUGAGGAGAAAAUCGUUGUCCCACCUCCAGCUGAAGAGAAAGCUGAUGAAAGCAAAGCUCUUGUCGUGGUUGAAAAACCAGAAGCAGCUGCUGAGGAGAAGAAACCUGAGGGCUCUAUAGACAGAGAUGCUGUGCUUGCACGGGUAGCAACAGAGAAGAGGUUGUCUUUGAUUAAAGCAUGGGAAGAAAGUGAGAAGUCAAAAGCUGAAAAUAAGGCUCAGAAGAAGAUAUCUGCUAUUGCAGCUUGGGAGAACAGCAAGAAGGCAAGUUUAGAGGCUGAGCUUAAGAAAAUUGAGGAGCAAUUGGAGAAAAAGAAAGCAGAAUAUAUAGAGAAAAUGAAAAACAAGGUCGCUCUCGUCCACAAGGCAGCAGAAGAAAAACGAGCGAUGAUUGAAGCCAAACGCGGGGAAGAUCUUCUCAAGGCCGAGGAGAUGGCAGCAAAGUAUCGUGCAACUGGAACUGGUCCGAAGAAGCUACUUGGCUGUUUCUGAAGUUGAGAAUUAUCUGGCCUGGUUUGAAACUGAAGUUGCAUUUAUACAUUUUUUCACUUGGAUUUAUGGUUCAGAUGUACUGUGUGGUGAUUUUGUGUAGAAUUGAUAUUUGUUGUUUCAUUAGCAUGUGUGCAUAGUGAUUGUAUUUGUUCAUAGAUACAUUCUGGUAGACAGUAUUUACUGUAUUUAUGAAAACCAAAAGAUCAUGUUUGGAAGUUGCAAGAAUGUUGAUAACUUGUGUG